CUUACGUAAGUAUUUAGCGAAGUUACCGAGAUUAGGGACGGUCUGUGUUUGGGAAAUCAGUUUAAAAUUGGCUAGAGCUUAAAAUAAGUGAAUCUUUAGGGAUCAGUCAUGUCUACAGCUGAUGUAGCAGAAAAGCCCUUAGUUGGAACGGUUGAUAUCGUCCUGUUUGCUUCAUUCAUCGGCGUUUUAUUGUAUUGGUUUUGUGGACGCAAAAAGAAAGCAGAGACUGCCGCUCUCACACAGAAGUUGGUCUUAGCGCCGACUACCAAGAUUUCUCAAGAUGAUACAAGUUUUAUUGGAAAAAUGAAAAAAUCUGGAAAAUCAUUAGCAAUCUUCUAUGGUUCGCAAACUGGGACAGCAGAAGAGUUUGCCGGCCGCUUAUCAAAAGAUGCUCAACGUUAUGGAUUAAAAGCUCUUGUCUUGGACCCUGAAGAAUGUGACAUAGAGGAACUUGCUCGCAUGGGAGAAAUAGAGAAUUCAAUGGCGAUAUUUGUUAUGGCUACAUAUGGUGAAGGAGAUCCUACAGAUAAUGCUCAAGAGUUCUAUGAAUGGUUACAGAAUGACAGGGAUGACCUGGAUUGCCUUAGUUAUGCAGUCUUUGGCCUUGGUAAUAAAACCUAUGAACAUUACAAUGCAAUGGGGAGAUUUGUGGACAAACGGCUGGAAGAGAUGGGGGCUGUAAGAGUAUUUGAGAAGGGAGAGGGAGAUGAUGAUGGAAAUUUGGAAGAAGACUUUGUACGAUGGAGAGAAGCAUUCUGGCCUGCAGUUUUAAGCAAAUAUAACAUUGAUGUCAGAGAAAUCAAGAGGAGACUAUCUUCUUGUAUUGAUCGACAAUUCAGACUUGAAAUUCUUAAGGAUUUUCCAGAGGACAAAAUUUAUACUGGAGAAAUGAAUAAACUGAAAUCGUACAUCACUCAAAGACCGCCCUUUGAUGCUAAGAACCCAUUCAUGGCUAAGGUUCUAGUGAAUCGGGAACUGCACAAAGCUGGUGAACGAUCCUGUAUGCACAUUGAACUUGAUAUCACUGGCUCCAAGAUCAAGUAUGAUGCAGGAGACCAUGUCGCUGUUUAUCCCAUGAAUGAUCCAGAACUUGUGGAGAAACUAGGAAACCUCUUGAAUGUGGAUCUUGACGCAGUGGUUUCACUGAACAAUACAGAUGAGGACUCACCUAAGAAACAUCCUUUUCCUUGCCCCACAACAUAUCGAACUGCCUUGCUGCACUAUGUAGACAUUGCCAGUGUAGUAAAGACUCAUGUGUUGAGAGAACUAGCAGAAUAUGCCAAGGAUUUUGAACACAAGGAGUUCCUCAUGAACAUUACUGAUACAACAGAGGAGGCAAAGAAACAAUAUCAAGAUUGGGUUCUUACUCCACACCGGCAUGUUGUAGCUGUCUUAGAAGAUCUUUCCUCUCUCAAGCCACCUCUUGAUCACUUGUUGGAGCUUUUACCUCGAUUGCAGUGCCGUUACUACUCGAUAUCAUCAUCACCAAAGGUAAGAAGUGGCAACCUUUAUUCUUCAGGAAAACAAAUUGGUGACAUGGAGUUGUUCUUUGGCUGCCGCAAAAAAAGUGAAGACUACAUCUAUGAGGAUGAACUGUCGUCAUAUACACAAGAUGGUACCAUUUCAAAAUUGCAUGUGGCUUUUUCCAGAGAUCAGGAGAAGAAGGUCUAUGUUACCAAUCAAAUGACAGAGAAUAAGGAGAAUAUUUGGAACAUAUUAAAUAGUGGAGGCCACAUCUAUGUUUGUGGUGAUGCUCGAAACAUGGCACGUGAUGUGCACAACAUACUGCUGACAAUCGUCAAGGAAAAUGGUAGCAUGUCUGAAAAUGAGGCAGCUGAUUAUGUAAAGAAACUCAGUGCAAAGGGAAGAUACUCAGUCGAUGUUUGGAGCUAAAUUGUAGAUAACCAGCCAUUCCUAUUGCAACAUGGAAUGUAUGACUAUUUUUUCAACACAGAAGGAUAAACAUCAUACGUGCUUCUUUUUUUUUUGUUUUGUUUUUUUUUUUAAUAUAGUUUUUUGCUAGAUUUGAAACGAUUAGGAAAUUGUUUUGAGGAAUUUUAUUUACGUUCCAAGAGCACUCUCUAAGUAUGUUAGCCCUUUAACCCCUAAGAGUGAUCAGCAUUCAGUCUCUCCUUGCAAUGUCAUCCCUAAAUUCAAUGUGAAGGUCAUAAGAAUGAGGAAAUGAUCACCAAGUGAAAAAGCUUGUGAUUGUGGAACAUGUUCUCCUUGUUAGGUCCUGAGGAAAUGUAUAGGGAACUGUAUGGAGAAUAUGCAUACUGAUGUUAGGGUGUGAAGGGUUAAGCCAAAUUAUUCUUUUGUUAAUUUAGAUAUGAGGCACAUACAGGUUUGCACAUACUUUUCAAAAAUAUAUGAAAUAAAUAAUAUUUAAACCAGGUCCUGUGGAUGAUGUGUGACAAAUUGAUCUUACUCAAAGGUAAACUUCAAUGAAAAAAAUUAUUGCUGUAAAAAGGAACUCGGGCUUUGCUGGGGCCAGAAUUUGUGUAAGGCAGAAUUUCCUUUUCGCAGUUUACCUGGUAGAAUUGCAAAAGCUCAUUUUAAAGAAAUCUAAAGAUCUUGAUUCUUUUUGCUUUCAUGCAAUUUUUCUGAUGAAUACCUCUGAAGUCAAAAUUUCACAUCCAAUUGAAAUCUUGAGAAAACAAUUCUCUUUUCUUAGAGCAAGAAGUGUUAACCCUCAGAAAUUUUCCAAUAGUAUUUUUCACAAAAGAAUUAGUUAGUCAGUUGCCUGUAUUUAUAAGGAAUAGAAGAUGUUAGGACACAUGCAUGCUGGAAAGGACACAUUUUUCUGCAGUUUGAAGGGCAGGAAAGUUCAAAGAUAUACAAAUCAGAGCAUGACUGGAGUUGAAGCAUGUUUUUUGAACAAAAAUUUUUAAGGUCCAAGAGAACUUUGAGUGUGAAAAUUUUCCUAAUGAGCAUAUUUUAAGAUGAUGUCUAAACUGGCUGAAUCACUCUGCUCACAAGAAGUUUACAUAAACUGUUUAGGGGCAAUUUGUCACCUGAACUGUUGCAAAAUUUCCAAUUUGAUGUUGAGUUAAUGAUUAUAUAUAUUUAAUCUGUAUCAAAAUAAACAGUCCAUGAGAGAGUGAUGUAGUGAGGUAGUGAUUUAGUGAUACAGUUGUUGGGUAGCUAACUGAAUAAACUGCAUUCUCAGAAAUUAGGGGAUGAAGUCCCUUUGAACAAGGAAAUUCCAAACUCUUACUUUAUUAUAUGUAAUUCCUUUGGUACAACAGACCCAAAAUUGCCCUUUGUACUUGCCCAAAACACCAGUGAAUCAACACCCAGUUUGGCUACAUUUAUCCCAUUUAUCCCUUUCAAUCCCAAGAUCUCAAUUAGAAAUUCUCCCUUUAAGUGUGAUAUACAUUUUCCAUGAUUUUAUUUCAGAGAAUUUGGCAUCAGAUCAAAAAGUAAUCCCCUAGUUGAUAUUUCACUUCAUUCUCAUCACUUAUGUGUGUGAUAUAGCAUUGAAGUUGUUGGGAGAAAUUGUGUCUUGAUCACUAGGUGAUGGGAAAGGGUCAACUCCUCUAAGCAACAUCAUCUUGUAAAUAAAUUGUAAGGUACAAAACAAUAAAAAUAAUGACCUAUUUUA